AUGAAUUCCAUGCUCGAGCCCCGGCAGUCAAGCGGCGGCGAUAACUGCCCAAGCACAAUCUCCAGUGGAGGAAUUGCGGGUAUCGUGAUCGGCUCGAUUGCAGGGACCCUCCUUAUCCUCUGGCUGUGGCGAAUAUUCCGACUUCCCGGCGCAUGGAGCGGUGGCGAUGAAGCUGACGUUGGAUACCGACCUCCAAUUACUCGCAGUAGCACGAGUAGCCGCGGACGGAAAAAGCGCCGUCGCCCCUCUGGUGGGGCGUACGGCGACUAUGUCGAGCCGACUACUGUACGCAGUGUACGCCGGUACAGUAACCGCGAUGAUGUGCGCCGGCCAGCUAAGGUUUACAUGACGGAAGUGUGA